UCCAUUGAUUCCGUACUAACCAAGAACAAACAUAUGAAAUCUUUGAAGGCUGUCCCCUCUUCCUCCGCUGUGCACUUCGAAGCUGUCACAAGCUGUGGCACUCGCUCGACCAACACCCUGUGCCUUCCCUUCCUGCUCGCUUCGUCUCUGUUCGAUAGAAGGAUGAGGAAAUCGAGAUCAAACGGCAUGGUGGGUGGGAGGGAGAGCCAGAGCUGCCGGAUGACAGAGUGGGAGCUCCGCCCCGGAGGGAUGGUCGUACAGAAGCGGAGCAACGUGGCUGGCAUGCCGACCGAGCCCCUCAUCAAGAUCAAGGUCUCCCAUGGCUCCUACCAGCAUCAGCUCUCCGUCCCUGCCCACUCCACCUUCGGGGAAUUGAAAAGGGUUCUGGCACAAGACACCGGUCUGCAGCCUGGAGAGCGGAGGCUGUUGUUCAGGGGAAAGGAAAAGGACGACGGUGAGCGCCUGCACAUGGCUGGGAUCGUGGAAAUGUCCAAGCUGGUCCUGUUGGAGGACCCGGCAAGCAAGGAGAGGAAGCUCGAGCGUAUGAAUCGGCAUCAGGCGUCUGAGACGAUCGCGGCUAUCGGAGCUGCGGUGGACAAGCUCGCUGCAAAGGUAUCGAGUUCGGAGACUUGCGUGCACGCAAGCAUGAAGGCUGCGGACGAAGAGUUGGCGGAUUUGACUGAGCUGCUUAUGGUGCAACUGCUGAAAUCAGACAGCGUCGAGGCAGAGGGGGAAGCGAGAACGCGGAGGAGAUUCGAGGAUAACUUGUCGCUCGCUAGAAUGUUUAAAUUUAGCUACGAUAGUGGAAAGCUAGAAGACUUUAGGCAAACCUUUAGUGGAUGAUAUGUUUUUGUUGUAUAAGUACACUUGGUGUCUAAUGGAAUGUUGAUGGUAAAUCUGAACUUAUGAGUUUGUAAAAGUUUAAUAGACCUCUCAUGUUAGGAUUUUGGAGUGUUAAGUUAAUUUGUGUAUUGAUAUGAACAUGUGGUAAAUAUUGAUUUUGUGAUUUUGUAGAAUCCCACACUUGUGGAUUUAUGAUGUGGUUAUUGUCUUGGUGAGUUGGUUUUAGAUC